AUGGCUGAAAAAUCAGUUGCUGGGUAUAAUAACAGAGUCCCCGAGUCAAAGCCAGACCCCGAUUCCGAGUCCGAGUCCGAGUCCGAGUCCAGCGAUAGCGAUAGCGAUGACUAUGACGAUGACGAUGACGAUGAAGAUGGGAUGUAUCUGUUAGGAGAAGAUUACAGCAAAAAUACUCUCGUAGAACUAAAGAAAAAGGCUUUAUACUCUGUUCUCCGUGCUUUCAGAGCAGAAACCUCGACAACAACAAACAAGAGGACUCAGAUCAUAGAAAAUCUGAUGAACCAAUGGAACAUUGCUGAGGAAACACUUGUCUCUUUGGAGGAUAACAUUCAGAAAGAACUUUUUGCUCAACAACAAAGGGUUGAUUCAUCUGCGCCUGAUAACAAGGGGAUAGUAAAACCGAAGCCAAGGACCAUAUUUGAGGAAAAGAAGGAAACUUUGAUUCCGACUUCUGUUGAUAGAUUUGGCUCAGGCUGGGGCAGUGUUGAUCCCGAGUCUCUUAUUGGAAAAUUGGUCAGUGUAAGAAUGCCUGGUGAAGAUCGUUUUGAAGAAUUCACGAUCCAAAUAUAUGACGCACAACAAGAAAUGCAUCGUCUAGAGCCCGUAUACGUAGAGUCGGAUGCAAUGAAGAUAGAUGAGAUGCUAAACUGGGUGGAUUUGAGAGAGAUUCCGCCUGAAGAGAUCAUGUGGGAGGGUGGAGAAAGGCCAAAUUUUGAUUCCACCUACGAUUGUUUCCCUCGCCGAUGA